AACCCCAGAAAAGCCCUACUCCAAUCUUUCAAAGUUGGCUGUUUCUCUCGCUAAAAUUGAUGGCGUCGGCGAUAAUCCAAUGCACCAAAACCUCUAAAUUUACGCCUGCUAAUGUUUUUCUUAAAGCUAAUGCACUUCCAAUUCAACCUGCAUUUCUCAGAGUAUCAAGAAUGCAUCAAAUGAACGGAAAAAGGGUGGUGCUUGGGGCAUUUUCUGCUGCUGGAAGCUCUGGUGCAAAUAGCGAGUUCAAUCCUUAUGAGGUUCUUGGUGUAAAUCCCCUCGAGGGAUUUGACAUGGUGAAGGCGGUGUAUGCAAAAAAGCGCAAAGAUGCUGAGAGGAGAGGUGAUGAAGCUGCUGCAGCCCAAUUGGAAAGAGCAUACGACAAAAUAAUGAUGUCUCAGUUGACGAAACGGAAGAAGGGUGAGACAUUCGGUUCGUUUCGGGUUUCAAAAGAUAUAAAGUAUGCUGACAAGCUGCCAGUUGUUCCAUGGGGCCCAAGGUUUGCCAAAUCUGAGGUCAAAGAUGUUCGAAUCAACAUGGCAAUAUCAGCUGUAUUUACAGCUUGGAUUUUUAUCAAGCGAACUGCUGAAUAUAAGCCUCUUCAAUUUUUAGCCUUUGUGUUUGUUUACCGGAUAUUUGAGAAGUUAAAGGCAUUUGAACCACCUGCAUCUCCGACAUUUACGGAAGAAGGUGAGGAUGAAGGGCGAAUGUUGCGAAUGGGCAAACGGCUACUUCGAUCUCUUGCAUUGGUUUUUGGCUGUGUAGCUUUUGCAUCUUUGGGGUACACUGGUGUUCUAAAUGUGAUUGAAUUUGCAGGCGGUUAUAUACCUGUCUUCUUGUUCAACAACCAGGAAUUGCUUGUAACUGCAUCAACAGCACUCAUGCUUCACGUUCUAGCCUCGUACUACAGAUGAACGAGGGACGAUGCAGAUUCACAGUUGCUGAAUUUGCUCCUUUUGGCUCAGUAGACCAGCAAUUUUGUGAUAGUUACAUUACAAGAGUAUAGUGUCAGCAAUCGUCGGAAAAAUAUAGGUCUCAGGAUUUGAUUUAUGUGUUAAAAUUUGGGACUUAGCCAUGGAGGCUUGCGCUGUAACUUGUGAGUGAUAGUUCCAAUUAAGAUAAAUUAAAUUGAUGUAUUUAUUAUUUUUAUAAAA